UCAAAACAAGAAAGUGAUUCAUCCAGCUCGAAAAAUUCAAUUUUUCUUUGGAUUUCUUGCCAAUUUGAUUGCCAAAAGACCUUUUCAGGAUGCCCGGAGAGACGGGUGAGCCCUCGAGUGCGGAUGUCACGCAAAAAUCGAAAAGACCUUCAGAUUCUGCUUUCAAACAACAACGUUUACCUGCGUGGCAGCCAAUUUUGAGUGCGGGCACUGUUUUGCCGACAUUCUUCGUCAUCGGAAUCGCUUUCAUUCCCGUUGGCAUUGGACUUUUGUACUUUUCCGAAAGUGUCAAGGAAUACAUAGUCGAUUACACGAAAUGUGUGCGUGAAGGCGGUGAUUUUUCGAAUCAAACGUGUGCAGAUUUCAUUCGCAAUAAAACGGAUCAUCCGCCAUGUAUUUGUAACAUUCCCCUUGAAAUCGACGAAGAUAUGCGUGGCAAGGUCUUCAUGUAUUACGGAUUGACGAAUUAUUAUCAGAAUCAUCGUCGUUACGUGAAAUCCCGAGAUGACGAUCAACUUUUGGGACGACUUGAUAACGCUCCGUCGACAGAUUGUGCGCCUUUUGACAAAGACUCGAACGGAGUUCCGAUCGCGCCAUGCGGAGCAAUUGCCAAUUCGUUAUUCAGUGACGAGCUGACGUUGAAGACAAUUGACGGGAAUGAUGUUCCGACAGUUAGAACGGGAAUUGCAUGGCCCUCGGAUCGAAAUAUCAAGUUUAAGAAUCCGCCGGGCGAUUUGAAGGAAGCGUUGAAAAAUUAUGCAAAACCUUUGAAUUGGAAAAAGAAUUUGUGGCAGCUGGAUGAGAAGAAUCCGAGCAAUAAUGGAUUCGAAAACGAAGAUUUGAUUGUUUGGAUGAGAACAGCUGCGUUGCCAAGUUUCAGAAAAUUGUACAGAAAAAUUGAUCAUUCGGCGAAAGGAUAUAGCGAUGGGUUGAUAAAAGGAAAUUAUACACUGAUUGUCGAUUAUUCAUAUUCUGUCACAGAAUUCGAUGGCGAGAAAAAAUUCAUCCUGUCAACAACAUCUCUCCUUGGCGGCAAAAAUCCCUUUUUAGGCGUUGCUUAUAUCGUCGUCGGAUGCAUUUGUCUCCUGCUGGGCUUCGUAUUGCUCUUUACACAUAUCAAGUGUAGCAAAAGCAGCGAAAUGAUGAUCAACGUUACUCCUCGCACGCCCUACACUUAAAAAAAAAAAAAAAAUGAAAAAUAUGACAACGAGUAUUAGAGGCGAAAAAAUUUUAAGUGAUUCUUUGAUAAGUUUUUUAUUUUUUAAUUUAUAGGCCCCGUACUUCUAUCACUAUUAAUGUAGAUUUCUGCACUUUCCUACACUUUAAAAGCACUAAAUAUCGAUAAUCAUAAGAAAAAGCUUGAGACAAAAAUGUUUCAAAGUUACCAAAGUGAAUUAAGUGACCUUCUAAUCAUAAACGUAGCUUACUUAUGGAGCACAUGAACACACAAAAGCACGUCAUUACUCGUUUAUGAAUGAAAAUGUAUUUACUAUUUGUUAGAUGUUUUACAAUGAAUUAAGCAAGAAAUAAAUAUUCUUCAUGUUUAAAUGGAUUUUUUG